AUGGGCUUCGUAAAAGUGGUAAAAAACAAAUCGUACUUCAAGAGAUAUGAGGUGAAAUUCAGAAGACGAAGAGAGGGUAAAACAGACUUCUUCGCUCGCAAACGCCUGGUGGUGCAAGACAAGAACAAGUACAACACGCCCAAGUAUCGAAUGAUCGUGAGGUUUUCCAACCGUGACAUCUGCUGCCAGAUCGCCUAUGCAAAGAUCGAAGGAGACCAGAUCGUGUGUGCGGCCUAUUCCCAUGAGCUCGCCAUGUAUGGAAUAACCGUGGGCCUGACCAACUACGCAGCCGCCUACUGCACCGGGCUGCUGCUGGCGAGGAGGCUCCUGCACAAGUUCGGCAUGGACCAGGUGUACGAGGGCCAGGUGGAGGUGACGGGCGACGAGUUUAACGUGGAGAGUGUGGACGGUCAGCCGGGGGCCUUCACCUGUUACCUGGACGCAGGACUGGCCCGCACCACGACCGGCAACAAGGUGUUCGGGGCUCUGAAGGGGGCAGUGGACGGAGGCCUGGCCAUCCCACACAGUAUGAAGCGUUUCCCCGGUUACGACGUGGAGAGCAAAGAGUUCAACGCCGAGGUGCACCGUAAACACAUCCUGGGCAUGAACGUGGCAGACUACAUGUCCUACCUGCUGGAGGAGGACGAGGAGGCCUACAAGAGACAGUUCUCCCGCUUCAUCAAGAACGGAGUGACCCCCGAGACGGUCGAAGAAAUGUACCAAAAAGCGCACGCAGCGAUACGAGCAAACCCGGUCCACGUGAAGAAGCCAAACAAACAAGAAGUCGGCGUCAAACCCAAACGGUGGAACAAAGCCAAGCUGUCGUUGGCCCAGAGGAAGAACCGCGUGGCCCAGAAGAAAGCCAGCUUCUUACGGGCGCAGGAGCAGGAGGCAGGGGACGGUUAG